AUGCUGACCCAUGAAGAUGGGAACCUCUCAGGAUUGUCUGUGCAGGAGUUUGUGCUGGUGGGAUUCGAGGGUGGCCUGGAGACCCAGGCCCUGCUCUUUGCUGUGUUCCUGGGCCUCUACCUGGUGACUGUGCUGGGGAACCUCACAAUGAUCGUGGUCAUCACACUGGACGUCCGCCUCCACUCCCCCAUGUACUUCUUCCUCAAGAACCUCUCCUUCCUGGACCUCUGUUACUCUUCUGUCAUCGCCCCCAAGGCCCUGACCAACUUCUUCUCCUCAACCAAGAUCAUCACCUUUGCUGGGUGUGCCUCUCAGUUCUUCUUCUUCUCCCUGCUGGUCACCACUGAGGGCUUCCUCCUGGCAGUGAUGGCCUAUGACCGCUUCAUGGCCAUCUGCAACCCCCUGCGCUACCCAGUCACCAUGUGUCCCUCAGCCUGUGCCCGUCUAGUGCUGGGCACCUACUGUGGAGGCUGCCUCAACUCCAUCAUACAGACCAGCCUCACCUUCCACCUCCCGUACUGCGGCUCCAACCACAUCAACCACUUCUUCUGUGAUGUGCCUCCCCUGCUCCGUAUCGCCUGUGCCAACACAGCCCUCAAUGAGCUGAUCAUGUUUGGAGUCUGUGGAAUGAUCAUCGUGGGCACCACCCUGGUGGUCCUCAUCUCGUAUGGCUACAUCAUGGUGACCAGCCUGAGGAUGCGCUCAGGGACUGGGAGGCACAAGGUCUUUUCCACCUGUGGUUCCCACAUGACUGCUGUGUCCCUGUUCUACGGGACCGUCUUUGUGAUGUAUGCCCAGCCAGGGGCCGUGGAGUCCAUGGAGCAGGGCAAAGUGGUCUCUGUCUUCUACACCCUGGUCAUCCCAAUGCUCAACCCCCUCAUCUACAGCCUUCGGAACAAGGACGUGAAGGAGGCGCUGAGGAGGCUGGGCCGCAAGCACACACUUCACCAAGAAGAC